AUGAGUGAGAAUGGUGACAAGUCAAAGGUUCGCUUGCGCGCGCAGUUUCGCAAGCCGCGAGUGAGGCUCAACUUUUCGCGGCAUGUGGCAGGAGCUACAGCGACAGGCGACGGGCCCAAGACGCGGCCUUACAUGCAGGGCUAUGAUCGUGAGCUGGACAGUGAAGAUGACGAGACUGGAGAGGGAAUGGCCUUUGAAGAGCAGCUGAUUCUACGUGUGCCAGAGGGACCGGGCGAACAUGGAGAGCUAGAUGCACUGCGUCAAGCAAUUCGCCGGCGCAGCGAGUACAACGACGUCUGGUUCAAGUUCAAAGACUCGCGAAGAGCUGUCUUCCACAUUGGACAGCAGCUGUAUGCGGCCAAGCUCGUAGACCUGCCGUGCAUCAUUGAGUCUCACAAGACACUUGACAACAAGCAAAUCUUCAAGAUUGCCGACAUUUCACAGAUGCUGCUGAUUGAGCGGCCUAUUGCCAAUGAGAGUGAAGCUACGGCUGCGACGCACUCUGCCAAGAGCUCGAAUGACGAGUACAUCUAUCCACAUGGCAUAACGCCGCCAAUGCAAUGGGCACGUAAGCGCAGGUUCCGCAAGCGCGUCCACAACCGCUCGAUUGAUACCGUUGAGAAGGAAGUCGAGGGUCUCUUGAACGACGACAAGCGCGCUGAGCGCGUCACGUAUGAAUUUAUCGACCCAGCACAGGCUGACCAGAUUGAGCAGGAUGUGUCACAGCAAAAGUUCAGCGCCGCUGACAUGGAGCACCAUGCGUCGGACGACGAAGGAAAGCAGGAGGGUGGCGCGUCAGCCCAUGCCGAUGGCGAUGACGAUGGCGAUGACGACGAUGACGAUGACGACGAUGAGGGCGCGAUGGAUGACGACGAUGAAAACGUGGACCAGGACCUGGCUGCUGAGCUGGACGCUGCACUAGCGCGUGAGCAAGGAACUGGCGGCGAAGAUGAAUCGGCGAGUGACAAUGAGGACGCCGGCGCGGGCAGCGACGAUGAUGCACGAAGCGCACAGGAUAGCGACUUGGAGGACCUGUGGGACGACGACGACGACGACGACGACGAAGCGCAAGCCGAGGCAGAUGACGACGACGCCGAGCCCAAGUCUGACAAGGAAGACGACGACGAGGGCGGCGAAGAAGAGGCAGAGCGUCGUGUGCGUGAGUCGCAGCUCGAGGCCGAGUGCCGAGAAAUCGAAUCGCUGAUCAAGCGGAAGCAGCACGAUAUUGAAAGCACAAUGAAUGCGCUCAUCAAAAGCCGACACCAGCAGGCACUGCGCAAACUGCAAGUCGAGCAUGAUGCGAAGAAGCGACAUCUUCAUGAUAUCAAGCAGAUCCGUCGUACGAUCCGUGAGGAGCGUGCGGCUGAUGCGGCACAGGAAGCAGCAAACAAAGCGGCAUCGGCAGGUACAAGCACAAGUACUCGCACAGGCGCAGGCUCUGCGGCUGCACCGUCGACAGGUCCAGCGGCCACGAUGCCGUCGACAUCUUCGUCUGCGACGAGUAUAGGGUCUGGCUCAGGCGCCGCCUCUGGAUCUGGUUCGGGAUCCGCGUCCGCAUCUACGACACCUGCGACAGGUCCAGGGUCCGGAUCGGCGCCAAAACCAUCGUCGGGGUCGACAGCUGCUACGGCUCCUGCUCCAAAUGCUUCGUAA